GCUAUGAAGAGAUGGCUACCUUUGCUUGCCUUCCAUUUCUGAGUCGAUGAAUUGGGAGGAACCUGAUUACUAUACUCAAUCUAGCAAGUAACCUGGACUCAUCCUAGGAAAGGACUCACAGAUAACCCACCUAGAAAGCUGGGCUAGAAACCCCCCACCUAUCUGUUCAUAGAUAUUUGAUGAAAUUUCAUUCCCCUUUCACCCUUUGAUCCAGAAAACAUCGCCAAGAAGAAGAGAGCUCUUUUGUAGUCCUGGAUCAGAGGCCUCUUACAAGAGAAGAUGCAUCUGACAAUUACAAACUGGAAUAAUCAGUCCAUGGCCCAUGAGUUCAUCUUCCAGGCAUUCUCUACUGUUCCUGAGAUACAACAUCUUAUUUUCAUUUUCUUUCUUUUGUUAUAUAUCACAAUCAUUUUUGGUAACUGUUCUGUCCUUUGGGUUAUCUGUACUGUUCAUUUCCUGCACACCCCCAUGUAUUUCUUCCUAGCCAGCCUCUCUUUCCUGGAAAUUUGUUAUACUACUGUGGUAGUGCCUCAAAUGCUUGCUAGCAUUUCUGAUUUCCACAGAACAAUCCCAUUGGUGAACUGUGGCAUCCAGAUGUUCUUCUUUACAACACUAGGGGGCACUGAUUGUUUUAUGUUGGCUGUCAUGGCAUAUGAUCGCUAUGUAGCCAUCUGCCACCCACUUCGCUACACCCUCAUCAUGACCUGGACGGUUUGCAGGUGGCUAGUGAUUGGCUCCCUGAUCCUUUCCAUAGCACUGUGUCUGCAGCUAACUGCUUUGAUUUUUAGCUUGCCUUUCUGUGGUUACCAGCCCAAGAUCAAUCAUUUCCUAUGUGAUGUACCACCAGUUCUACAGGUGGCAUGUGCUGAUACCCAUCUCCACCAAACUGCCGUAUAUGGUGUUGGCAUUAUGGUUUUAACAAUCCCCUUUCUUCUGAUUUGCAUCUCCUAUGUCUAUAUUGUGGCUGCCAUUCUCCGGAUUAAGUCCACAUUUGGGCGACAGCAGGCCUUCUCCACCUGCUCCUCCCACCUGACAGUUGUCAUCCUACAGUAUGGAGUCUGCAGUCUUGUGUAUCUGCGUCCCAAGUCCAGCACUUCAGAGGAUGAGGAUAGAAAACUGGCUCUUAUAUAUACCUUUGUCACUCCCCUCCUGAACCCUUUGAUCUAUACCCUGAGGAACAAAGAUAUCAAGCAGGCUUUAAGGAAGGUCAUGAAGAAAAUGAUUGCAUCUCAGACUUGAGUCUCAAUUCAUCUAUAACAUUAUUAUACCCUCAAAACCAGUUGUGGAUUAGCAUUAUGACAGAAGGGAGGAAUCUUGAAUCCUUCGGGUAAUUGCUGAACAUUUCCCAGCGUCUCUUAGCGUUGUUCUUAUUAUCUGGGGUUCUGGGUUGUAUUUUGUCACAGGUUGUCUACUUCUAUAAUUGACCUCAGUCAGCCUGAGAUCUUUUAAUAAUGGAGUUUAAUAAUGGACUGUGGGAAGAUCUUUCAGAAAACACGAAAACAAAAGCCUUAUUCCAGCAUACUCUAAUUCUGCACCUGGCAGAAAUGAAUUUCCAUAUCUGUAUCUGUAUCUUACAGUGGUAUGUUUAUAUAGGCAGAUUAGGCAGUCACCUUGAGUGCCUAAUUAAGUGGGCUACCGAAUUUCAAGAAAAAAAAACCUGAUAUCCAUUGCUUGUGGUUGAUCUGUGUAGUUCUGGUACUGUGAGCUUGAUUGUUAGCUUGUGGGCAUUUCCUUACCCAAGAAGGUAACGUCAUCAGUGCGAACAAGUGUGAGGUUUGCUCCUUGUUUCUAUGUACUACUUUCUCCUGCCAGUUUUGGUGGGAAUGUAUGUUCCUCUUUGGUGGUUCCCCGAUUAGAUUUCAUACCAUUCAAAAGAGGCAAUAAAAAAACUAAAAAGACUACUGUAACAGUCCACAUUCAGAUAAGCAGGGAUCAACACCAAACAGAAUAACAGAACUGGAAGGGACUUUGGCUGUCUUCUAGUUCAACCCCCUGCUCAAGUAGGAAACCCUAUAACAUUUCAGACAAAUGGUUGUCCAAUCUCUUCUUAAAAACCUCCAAUAUUGGAGCACCCACAACUCCUAGAGAAAGUUGUUCCACUGAUUAAUUGUUCUAGCAUAUUCUCUUAGUAGUGUAUUAGGUUAAAAGCCGUAGAACUAGAGAAUGCAAAAUAUAUAUAUAUAUAUUGUUUCUCACUGAAUAUAGAACACAGCUGGGCUUCUCACAGCUGAUGUCUCAAAGCUGC